AUGGGGAUGAAUCAAAUUAUUUUAGCAGCUGGGAAGAAAGCAAAGGGUCCAAGAAUGGAGUCUGGAAUUUGCCAACUGUCGAUCAGAGGUUUUAUGGACGAUCUAACAGUGACAACUACUACCCACGUACAAGCAAGAUGGGUGCUGGAAGAGCUGGGGGAGCCAGUUCCUGCAAUUGAGGAUAAUCCGAUUAAGUGUUUGGGGAAGUGGUUUGACCAGACACUUACAGUUAUUGGUAGUAUACACAAGCUGGUCGACCAAGCAGAAGAAUGGUUGAAGCGGAUCCAGAAAUCAGAAUUACCAUGGAAAUUCAAAGUAUGGGUGUACCAGUAUGGGAUGCUCCCUAAACGUAUAUGGCUUCUGACUCUGUAUGAACUGCCCUUUACCACGGUUGAGGCAAUGGAGGGGAGGAUAAAUAAACAUUUGCGGAAAUGGCUGGGAAUUCCACCAAGUUUUACAUCAAUAGGCCUGUAUAUUAGAUCUGGGCAGUUGCAACUACCAAACUCUUCAGUGGUAGAGGAGUUUGCAAAAUGCAGGCUGGUAAAUUCUAAAGACAGGAAGGUUAGCAAAGCCGGUAUUGAAAUACAAACAGGACGUAAGUGGUCGGCAGAGGAAGUUGUAGAGAAUGCGGAGACCAGUUUAAAAUUAAGAGAUAACAUAGGUAACCCUUGUAUUGGCAGACAGGGUCUAGGAACCAGCCAUUUCCAGCAAUGGAAUAAAGCUAACAUUAAAGAAAAACGAGACAUGGUGCAAAAGGCGACUCGUGAGAGGGAAGACGAAGUUAGAAAGUCUAGAGGAGUGGAGCUGGGAGGACAGCGGGAGUGGACGAAAUGGAGGCUACCGCAGAGAAGAUUAACUUGGGCAGAAGUGUGGAGAAUGGAACCAUAUCGUAUCUCGUGUUUGCUCCGAUCAGUAUUUGAUACUCUACCUACACCAACCAGCCUUUGUUUGUAUGGCCUGAAAGAAGAUCUGUUGUGUAAGCUUUGUGGUGCGAGGGGAACACUUUCCCAUAUAUUGUCAGGAUGUAAAACGGCUUUAACACAAGGGCGGUAUAGGUGGAGGCAUGACAAGGUUCUACAGGCGUUUGCACAGACAGUGGACCAAGAACGUCAAGAAACGACCACGCAGAAUAAAUAA